UACAAGCCACUGCUGUAUUCACAAAUCUUGUGAUAGCAACGCCAAAGAAGCAUCAUGAGCAAUACAGCUGGGAAUCUUCUACAGGCUGUUGGAGUUAAUUUCCUAAUAGAAGAGAACACCCGUCUUCAUCACACCAAUGAGUAUGAGAAUGGUUGCCUGAUUGUGAGACGGGGGCAGGAGUUUAAGCUGAGGGUGACUUUUAGCAGGGAGCUGAAUGACAAUGAUGAAGUCACCUUGGUGCUCAAGAUUGGUGAAAAUGAAGACGAAUCCAAUGAUGCUUACUUAUACUUGAACACGAGGUCUGGGACGAAUGAUGAACCAUGGCAGGCCAAGAUCUUUGAAACAAAUAGAGAAGAGUGUGUCAUUGUUGUAACCAGUCCAGCAGAUGCGAUUGUUGGAAAAUACUUUCUGAAUGUGGUGACAGAGGCUGGCCCUUUUUCCCCUACAAACAAUUGUGUCUAUGUCUUGUUCAACCCAUGGUGCAAAGCGGAUUCUGUUUUCAUGCCUGAGGAGGACAAAAAGGCUGAGUAUGUGCUCAAUGAGAAUGGAUGUCUAUAUACCAUGGGACAUACAGUUCAAAUAUACCCAACACUUUGGAAUUAUGGGCAGUUUGAGAAAGACAUUUUGGAUUGCUGCAUGUACCUUCUGGAUGAGAGCCAGCUCAAGCCAAAUGAGAGAAGAGAUCCUGUGAAAAUCUCCAGGGCCAUGUCAGGUUUGGUUAAUAUGGAGAAAGACAAUGGAGUGCUCCAAGGAAGAUGGAAAGAACCAUAUCAAGGGGGUACUUCUCCUUUACAUUGGACAGGGAGUGUCCCAAUUUUGCAGACAUAUUACAGGACAAAAAGAACAGUCUCAUAUGCCCAAUGCUGGGUUUUCUCUGGUGUGAUUACCACAGUCAUGCGCUGUCUUGGGAUUCCUACCAGAAGUGUGACCACCUAUGAUUGUGCACACGAUACUGAGGAAAACUUAACCAUUGAUCAAUAUUUUGAUGAAAUUGGGAAUAUACUGCCACAUUCAGACUUUAUUUGGACCUUCCACGUAUGGAAUGAGGUCUGGAUGAAAAGAGCAGACUUGCCGGAGGGCUUUGACGGAUGGCAGGUGAUUGAUGGAACACCUCCAGAAAAGAGCAAAGGAAUUGUUCAGUGUGGCCCUGCUUCAGUAAAAGCCAUCAAACAGGGAGAAGUUGGCCAUGGCUACGAUACCAAGUAUGUCUUUUCUGAAGUGAAUGCGGACCAAGUCUGGUGGCGUAGGAAGAAUGUAAAUGGAGAGGAAAAAUUCAUAAAGUGCAACACAGAUACCGAGUACAUAGGAAGGAAUAUCACCACCAAAGCUGUUGGAAAGCUUGAAUGUGAAGACAUCACUGAUCAGUACAAAUUUCCAGAAGGUUCUGAAGAGGAAAGAAAUGCUAUGAAAACUGCUAUGUUUUAUGUGAAGUCUCCUAUUGCUGCAUCUUACCCUACUUCUUUCAAGAGAGACUUUGAACUGCGGGUUCAACAAGAAAAGACCCUGUGGCCAGGACAACCCAUUGAUCUGAAUAUUGUUGUUGAAAGCAAAUUUGCAGGUGCAUGGACGGUUGACCUCUAUGCUUCUUGCAAUCUGGAGUCAUACACUGGGAGAUUAGAGGCCAACCUUGCAACUGUCCACCAGACCAUUAAAACAGUGGGCAAGACAGCGGUUCCGAUCCCCCUGAAAGUAGCUGCUGAUGUUUAUAUGAACAAACUGACUUCUUCAGAGGAUGAGCUUCUGAUAAAAGUCAAUAUUUUUGCUGAUAUUCAAGAAAGCAAACAAAACCUUGCUAAACAGGUGACCUUGACCUUCCAGACUCCAGCUCUUGAACUGAAGCUACCAGAAAAAGCAAAACUGAAUGAAACUCUUAGGGGCGAAGUGAUUUUCAAGAAUACUCUGUCCAUUCCCUUGGAAAACUGCAAACUGUGUGUAGAAGGCCCCGGCAUUUAUCCAGCGAAAAAUUUUAACCAAAGGGAUGUGCAGCCUGGUGAAAUCGCAACCUUCAAAAUAGAAUGUAUACCAAGGAAGAUUGGCAAUAAAACAAUAAUAGCCAAACUGAAUUCAACCCAAGUCAAAGGAAUAGAUACAUCGAAGUCUAUUAAAAUCACUGCAUAGGAACGUUCCCAAAUUCCAUCAGGCAACAUUAGGAGAUGUAUGAAUUAGAAAUCAGCAUUUAAAAAAAACAUCCUUGCUACAUUAAUUAUGAGGCAAAAGAAGGGAUAGGAAGAUAUAAACAUCUAAGAAAUUAAGUAGCUGAAAUUUAAUGGGGAUUGCAUGUGUUGCUUAUGAUGAAUGUGUUCUGGGGAUUUGAGCAUAACAUACCUGGUUUUGGAGAAAAGAUGACUCUGUAUUCUCCUUGCAGGUUUUAGCUUUUGCUUAUCUUCUUCCACUUUUUGACAGCCUACGAUUUGCAAGCCUUUAUGCAGUAUCUUACAAGCACAGCAUAUAUCCUGUUUUCUUUUAUAUGAAAGAUGCACUGCAUUUAGUUUUGAGAGGGGGUUUGGGGGUUUUUUUGGCUUUCCACUUUAACUGGACUAUGUUUAUUCUACAAUUAUAUACAAGCACAAGGUUUAACAUGCACCAAGUUUUCAAAAAGAAAUGAAAAAAGGAAAACGAGAGAGUGAUCCAUUCUCUCUACCCAGCUGUGUUGAAGUUCAGUAGUUUUGCACUACCUGCUAUAGGAGGCCAGUUUGUCUCCAGUAUAGAAGCAUUGCCUCUCUUUUGCUUGCAAGGCAAUGGAUUUGGCCCUGUAAUUCUAAACUUGUGUGCCUGCAAAUGUGGGUUAGCAAUGCCAGGUCACAGUUUAAAAUCCAUGUACAAAACUGAGUUAAGAUUCUAAAUACAGUAAUGAAAGAGGAGCUUCUAGUACCAGCUUAUCACACCUCCUCAUGCUUAGCAGGAUAAAUGAAGUACAUUUCCAUAUUUCUACCUUUGUAAUGAGUUUUCUAGUUUUAUUACAAGCAAUAUAGACAAUAUUUUAUAAUGUGCAAUAUGUUAUCAUAAAUAUUUUCCCUCAAUAACCUGGAAUAUUUCUGAUGUUACUUCCCAAAAGUAAAUUUCAUGUGAGCUGCAAUGAACUUAUGUAUCAAACCUUUUCCCUGUUACAUUUUGCAUGACAAUAAAGGUGAUU